GCCUCCGAUCCGUCGGCUCUAGGACCCAGGAGCGCAACCUACCACAGAGGCAUUGCAGACAGCGCGUUUGGGAGGUGUAGUGGAAGAAAGGCGAGAGAAACGGAGUAAAUGAGAUCACUUUUGUCCAGAUUGUUGACGGACUUAUCAUCUUAAAAUACCACCGACUCAGCUCACUAGAAUGAGACGGACACGUUGUUGAAUUCCUGUCCAGGAUUAGGAACACGGAAGGUAUGCCUUUUAUUGCCUGAACCAUAAAGUGCCAGCUCCUUGGUCUCAUUGCUUCUCCUCUGAGUUUGACCUGAAGAAAAACCACGGCCCUCGUGAGCUGGGCGAAGUGAAGAGAACUUGGGAAAGCAAAGAGACUCUUCUGUGGAAAUCCUGGAUUCUCUAACCUGUCCACCAACAUGACCAAUGUGGUGAUUGUCAAGGAGGGAUGGCUGCAUAAAAGAGGAGAAUAUAUCAAGACCUGGAGGCCAAGGUAUUUUCUUCUGAAGAGUGAUGGUACAUUCAUUGGCUACAAAGAGCGACCGCAAGAUGUCGACCAGCUGGAAACUCCCUUAAAUAACUUCUCUGUAGCACAAUGCCAGCUGAUGAAGACAGAAAGACCUAAGCCCAAUACAUUUAUCAUCCGCUGCCUGCAGUGGACCACUGUCAUCGAGCGCACCUUUCACGUCGAGACCCCUGAGGAGAGGGAAGAAUGGACUAAAGCGAUCCAAGCUGUGGCAGAAGGGCUGCAGAAACAAGAGGAGGAGAUGAUGGAUUCCUCUCCAGAUCCCAUGGAUAUGGAGGUCUACCUUACCAAACCCAGACAAAAAGUGACUAUGCACGACUUUGAAUACCUCAAACUCCUGGGAAAAGGCACUUUUGGCAAAGUUAUCCUGGUAAAGGAGAAGGCCACAGGACGCUACUAUGCCAUGAAAAUCUUAAAGAAGGAGGUGAUCGUAGCAAAAGAUGAAGUGGCACACACACUCACAGAAAACAGAGUCCUCCAGAAUUCAAAGCACCCUUUCUUGACAGGACUGAAAUACUCUUUCCAAACACAUGACCGCCUUUGCUUUGUCAUGGAAUAUGCCAACGGUGGCGAGCUUUUCUUCCACCUUUCAAGGGAUCGUGUAUUCUCAGAGGAGCGUGCUCGGUUCUAUGGUGCAGAGAUCGUGUCUGCGCUUGACUACCUGCAUGCUGAAAGAAACGUAGUCUACCGAGAUCUAAAGUUGGAAAAUCUGAUGCUGGAUAAAGAUGGACACAUAAAGAUAACAGAUUUUGGCCUCUGUAAGGAGGGGAUCAAAGAUGGUGCCACCAUGAAAACAUUUUGUGGAACGCCAGAGUACCUUGCUCCUGAGGUACUUGAGGACAACGACUACGGCCGUGCUGUGGACUGGUGGGGCCUUGGUGUGGUGAUGUACGAGAUGAUGUGUGGCAGGCUUCCUUUCUACAACCAGGACCAUGAGAAGCUGUUUGAACUCAUCCUCAUGGAAGACAUCCGCUUCCCACGGACACUAGGUCCAGAGGCACGCUCACUGCUCUCUGGACUCCUCAAGAAAGACCCCAUGCAGAGGUUAGGUGGUGGCCCAGAUGAUGCCAAGGAAAUAAUGCAGCACAAGUUCUUUGCCGGGAUUGAAUGGCAAGACGUUUACGAGAAAAAAUUGGUCCCGCCCUUCAAGCCCCAAGUUACCUCGGAGACGGACACGAGAUAUUUUGAUGAGGAGUUCACUGCACAAACCAUCACAAUUACGCCACCUGGACAAGACGACAGCAUGGAGUCUUUUGACAGUGAGCGGAGACCUCACUUCCCUCAGUUCUCCUACUCUGCUAGUGGAGUGGCCUGAACGACACUCGCACAUUCCUCAACCAUCCUCCCAAGUCCCUUUCCUUCAAGACAACUGCAUCCUCCAAAAAGACUCGGACCUCUGCCUCGUCCUCCACCGAUUGUGCAACAUCACCUCACCCCAUCAUCUCUCAAGUUGUGUUCUUCAGGCAAGAGGAAGAACAAGACAACACAAACAGAGCUCUGCCUCCCCGCCCAUGCCGAGCGUUAACACUAGUCUCUAUUUCCUGGCUGUCUAGGGAGUAGGCAUCCACACACCAGCACUUGUGAUGCAAAAAUUGGGCCACCGCCAUCAAUUUCAAGAAGGGCUGUUAUAUUUUUCAAAUCACGAUUAAACCGUCAUCCACCAUUUCAAGUAGAAAUCACAAAUACGGUGGACCAUAGUCCUGUUGGUAAUCUGGUGUGUGUUGCUUUUCUCCUCUCCAAAUCAAAACCAAACCUACGACAAUUUUGUGGGGGGCUUCAUAAGUGAAUGUAUCAUUUGAAAUAAAGUGGAUCUUUCCUUCAUGUUUUCCUUGUUAUUAUCGACCUCAUUGAGUCUGAUGAAUCAAUAGAGUCAAGGUAUGAUGAUAUGCAAAGAAUGGAAAGGCUUUGAUUACCGUUAAAGUCAACCUCUCAGUCCGAAACGUUUGCACGCAGAGAUGUUUUAGAGUAAAAUGAAAAUUUCUCGUUGCCUUCCUUUCGAUCCCAAUGCUGCGCAGCGAUCACCUCUGGGUUUUCCCUCUGAUUCAGAUCAGUUGGACCCUCGCUGACCCCUCAGAACCUCUUCUCUCCCGUAGUUUUUCUCCUAGUAGAGUAUUGGGUGUUUCCCAUCCAGUGCUUCCUCUGCAGCCUCAGUGAGGUCACUAAUGCGAUACAUUUCUGUAGUAACACAGUGGGCCUCAGGGGAAAACACCAAGAUUCAUCUUUCAUUUGCGUCUUACGGGAAUUUGUGUAACGUCCCUACUUCUUAUUUAUGAAACCAGCAUUUAAAUAUUAUCAAGUUUUCAUGUGCCAAUGAAAUGCACCUUGCUGCCCUGCAAUGAUUGUAUCAGGAUUUUGUAUUUGUGGUUGGUAAAGACUAAAUUAGCUUAUUAUAUAACAUUCAAGUGUUGUGAAUGAAUUAAAAUCUUUUUAAAACUUGGCUGAGGCUAAACUGCGAGAUCCAAGACGUGUAUUCAAGUGUGAUUAGAGGUUUCCAAUGUGGUUAAGAUGAUUGAUAAUCAUUUUUCAAAAGUGCAUUAUGCCUUGUUGAAUGUAACUGUUUUUAUGUUUUCAGUUCAAACUUUUUCUUUUUUGGGGUUAAAUGAUUGUUACCUAUUCCUAUGCACACCUCUUGCUGUCACCUGAAAAAUAGGGAAAUUCAUUUUAUACUUUUUUUUUUUUUUUUUUAAUUGCAACUUUUUUGUACCUGCCCCACCAUAUCCGUAAGACUGAGGACACCAGCUUUAGUAAACAAAUAAUAUAAAUUGUACACUGUUUUUACUUGUUUCUUUCAAACUGAUGGAAUAAAAGGUCUUAACAUUGCAUUUUGGUGAUAUUUUGUGACUGCUAACACUGGUCUACAAAAUUUUGGAAAAUCUCUGCUUCAGAGGUAAAAGGGCUAAAUCGUACUUUUAAUGGUCACACGGAUUGGAAAAUAAACAUUUUUAGUGCUGGUUGGCUAAAGUAUUCAAGGUAAUUACUGUUCGAUAUUACAAAGAUACAUUGGUGUAAUUAUAUCAGUUUUAUAAGUAGCUGCAAUGGAUAUAUUGGUGUGUGCCACCACUUAUGAAACCUACAGUACAUUAAUGUAUUUUGUCCAAUUCCAGAACAGGAUUUACAGUGGGGCAAAUAAGUAUUGAGUUAGCCACCAAUUGUGCAAGUUCUCAUACUUAAAAAGAUUAGAGAGGCCUGUAAUUGUCAACAUGGGUAAACCUCAACCAUGAGAGACAAUGUGGGAAAAAAAACUGAAAAUCACAUUGUUUGAUUUUUAAAGAAUUUAUUUCCAUAUUUGAGUGGAAAAUAAGUAUUUGGUCACCUUCAAACAAGCAAGAUUUCUGGCUGUCAAAGAGGUCUAACUUCUAACGAGGCUCCACUC